AUUUAGUGAAUGCAGGGUCCGGGGAGAGCGGACAUAGUGAAUGCAGGGUCCGGGGAGACGGAUAUAGUGAAUGCAGGGUCCGGGGAGACCAGAUAUAGUGAAUGUGGGGUCCGGGGAGACCAGAUAUAGUGAAUGCGGGGUCCGGGGAGAGCGGAUAUAGUGAAUGCGGGGUCCGGGGAGAGCGGAUAUAGUGAAUGCGGGGUCCGGGAGAGAGAGGAUAUAGUGAAUGCGGGGUCCGGGGAGAGCGGAUAUAGUGAAUGCAGGGUCCGGGGAGAGCGGAUAUAGUGAUUGCGGGGUCCGGGGAGAGCGGAUAUAGUGAAUGCAGGGUCCGGGGAGAGCGGAUAUAGGCAAUGCCGGGUCCGGGGAG